CAGUUUGGAUCUUAUUCGGCUAUGGGCGUGAGAGGCCUGACGCGCUACUGCCGCGACCACGAGGCCACGACGUCCGUGGAGAAGCUCGACCUCCACGAUGUGACUCUCGCUGUAGACUUUGUGGGGUUCCUCUAUUACCUAUGCGAGAAGGUCUUCGGCGAGACCAACGAAACGCCCUCAUGGCUGCUACUGGGUGGCUGCACGCUGCGGCUCGAACGAUACGUCGACACUUGGCUCAAGCGCCUGAGAGAGCGCCGUGUGCGUCUUGUGUUCGUCACAGACCCACCGCAGUGUUUUGGGGGCGUGAGCCACCGCAAGGGCUAUUGCCUGCAAGACCGCGCGUUGGAGAAGGCCAAGAAGAUCGAGCAGCUGGCCCAGAGUCUAGAGUAGAUUCUUAGCGGUAAUUCUACCCACGAGUCGACCAGUACUAUGGGGGUAGCGAGACCGAGUCAAAGAGUGAGAUGCACUGUACAAGCCCAGGCUGCUCCAAGUCCACAGGAGCAGGCAAAAGUGGUCAUGACUAGUGUUGUUUUUUAGGAGGUU